CAGAAGUAGACGAGAAAGGGCUUUGUUUUUGUACUUUUGUUAUGGUUAUCAUUCAUGAAAUCCUGUGGGGUUUUUUAUUAUUAUUAUUUUAGGGGUUAUAUAUCGCAAUAUCUUUCUGUAAUAAUUCUGACACUAGCGGUUUGUACUUGUUAAGCGCUGUUAAUAAAGAUAAUUAUUAUUUUGAUGGUAAAUGAUGGCAGAAGGCAGCAGUAAUAUUGCCAGUCUUCCUCCAGGAGACCCGCAACUCAUUGCGUUCAUAGUGGAGCAUCUGAAGAACAGAGGUCUGUUUGAUGAGUUUAGACGAGACUGCCUGGCAGACGUGGACACGAAGCCAGCUUACCAGAAUCUCAGACAGAAGGUUGACAGCUUUGUGUCCACUCAUCUUAGUACUCAAGAAUGGAAUCCGUCCAUCAACAAGAACCAAGUGAGGAAUGUCUUGAGACAGAGCGUUGUUCAAUCAGGGAUGUUGGAAUCAGGGGUAGACAGAAUUAUUACUCAGGUGGUGGACCCCAAACUGAACCACAUCUUCAGACUGCACAUUGAGAAUGCCAUUCAUGAUUUCCUAGCCACAGAGAAGAAAGACGAGGGGCCGUCAAGUUCAAACCCUGAAGCUGAACAACAGGAGACAGCAAGCAAUACUGCUGCAAAAACACAGCCGAGCUGGGAGAUGGGGGCGUUGACAAGCGAGCAUCUCGACCAGGUUCAACCACAGGUGACUUUCCUGGAUCAUGAGGGUCGCCAUCGCCUGCCCGAGUGCCCACGCUGUUACCUUCGUGGCCCGGAGGGCAAGGUGGAGGCAACGCUCAUCAUCCCUCCACUGAAAAAAUCAAAUCAGCUCAGCACAGAGGACACAUUGAAGACCCAGGCUAUUGCCCGCUUGAGAAUUUUAGUUGAGAGGGCGAUACGCAGGGUGAAGGAGUACCACAUUUGGGAUGGGCUUGUUCCUCUUUCUGUGGCAGGCCUGGCCUCGAACUGUGAUCAGGUGUUUAACUUGAGCAACAUCUUCAACAUCACAACUCUUAACCUCUGCCAACCCAAAUGGUGGUGUUUCUCUGGGGUUGAAAACUUUGGCAUCAGGGCUGGCUGCAAGGUGAGGUGCAUCAGGGUGGAUGAGGACCCCACACUGCGUCACAGACUGUUUUUACUAUUACUGGCGGUGCGGCAAAUACGCGCGACUGAUUCAAGCAGCGCUCAUGACAACUCACAAGAGAGAUCACUGAACAUCCAGAAGAGAAGGCUGUCUCUCCAGAACACAGCGGAGAUUCAGCAGUGUCUGGUGAAUGCGGGUGACGUGGGAUGUGGGAUGUUUGAGUGCUUCAACAACAACUCCUGCAAUAUCCGUGGACUACAUGACAUCUGCUUGACAUUCUUACACAAUGCGGGCAAAUUUGACUCCCAGGGAAAAUCAUUCAUCAAAGAUGCGCUGAAGUGCAUGGCCAACGGACUGCGUCACAAGUUCAGCUGCGUCAGCCGCAAAUGUCUGGCCAUUAAAGAGAUGGCGUUUCAACUGCAGCGGGAGUGUUUUGUCAAACACAACUUCUGUGCUGCAGUUAGAGAGAACGUCAAUGCCAUGGUGGAAAUGAUCCACUUCAAAGACCUGUUUCCCAAAGGGCCCCAUGUGGAGUUGGUGAACAUCCUGUUGGGCUGUGGCGAGGAUGUACGCAUGGCCAUCGGCCGACGAAUACAGACUGAGUGUGAGCAAAACUGGGGUGCUCUGUGUGGGAGUCUGAGUCUCUGUGCGCAUGGAAAGGUGGAAGAUGAAAGUUCCACCCUCGCCCCUCCCUCCACCCCAGUGGGAGCUAACGCCAACUCCCUCCCCCCUGCAGGGCUUGCUAUCCACGAGACUGAUGUGGAAACGGUUUGGACACUUACAGAACAAAAUGAAGAUAAAAAUCAGAGUCAGUCCUCAGGUCCACAGUCUCAAGACAAUGUCUCUGAUGCUGAAAAAGAGCUCAAGAGGUGA